AGAGCGGCUGAAAGUACGGGCGUCCAUUUUCCUACGCCAUAUUGAAUUUGGUCGGACAUCUUUGGACGCCAUGUUUAGUCAGACAUAUUUUAUAAACAUUUUCGCGUAAAUUUCAAAUAUUUUUCAAUCAAAUUACCGAACUUUUUUUCAGUGAAAACAGUGGUGUCGAUUGCGGUAAUAACAGCUUUAAAAAAUUUAGUGCCAAUUCGUCUAUACAUAAUUGUCUCCUGGGGUCUGGCGGAGCUUUUGUUACAAGAUAAAUACAGGGCUCCAUCAAGAUGAUGAAUCAAGAGAUUAUGUGUGAAGUGGAAAUUGGCACUCAUGGAGCUAUAGAAAUAGACGGGGAUGAUCAAGUUCAAGUUGGUGUUAAGUAUGAAGAAAUAGAAACGGGCCAGUAUGAGGAAUACAUAACUGAUGAUCAAUAUGAAGAGGUUGAAGAACAGGUCAUUGGGAUGCAGCAUCUGGAAGAAAUUGGGAGUGAAGAGGUUGUAUUACCAGGUAUAUCUGGAGAAGAAGUCCUGACAUCAGCUGGUGAGAAUCCUUUUGAUCCUCUCUACACGGAUUCUGCUUCCACCAGCAACAGGACAAAUCGAAGCAGACCUAGAGCUAAUAAUAUAUCGAGCAACAUACAACAUCUAAUGCCAAUAGGUGAAGUACCAAUGGGGUUAAUGGACGGUAUGAGCGCGACCAGGGGCACCACUAGAAAGUGGGAACAGAAGAAGGUCCAGAUCAGGACAAUGGAGGGAGAGUUCUCAGUCACCAUGUGGGCUACAGGAGAAGACGAUGAUGAAACGUCAAAUCCUGAACCAGACCCUGACUACACAGAGUACAUGACUGGGAAGAAGAAUAUAUUAGGAAACGAAUCUAUGCCGGGUCUAGAUUUAUCGGAUCCGAAGCAACUGGCGGAGUUCGCGCGGCCCGGACACAAGAUCAGACUAAAGAAACCAUCCCCAGAAACGUCAGAUAGAACAAUAGCAUGUCCACACAAAGGCUGCACGAAAAUGUUCAGAGACAAUUCAGCGAUGAGGAAGCAUCUGCACACGCACGGACCGAGGGUGCACGUGUGCGCCGAAUGUGGAAAAGCCUUUGUAGAAAGCUCUAAAUUGAAACGACAUCAGCUAGUACACACCGGAGAGAAGCCCUUUCAAUGUACGUUUGAGGGCUGCGGGAAGAGAUUCUCACUAGAUUUUAAUUUGAGAACGCACGUCCGCAUCCACACUGGAGAUCGACCGUACGUUUGUCCCUUCGACGGUUGCAACAAAAAAUUCGCUCAGAGCACAAACCUGAAGUCGCACAUACUAACGCACGCGAAAGCGAAAUCAAGAAAUUCAUUAUCAAGGAACGGCGGGAAUUCGUAUGAGUCGGCACGAACGACCCCACAGUACGUUCAAUUGGAAAUGUCACCGGAUGAUUCUAAUCCACAACUCGUGUUCUACACGCACGAGUGAAAGGCUGUGAUCGAGCAAACAACAUGGUUACUACUGUGCUAUUUUGUGUGGUUACUGAUCGGUCUUGUGUGAUUUCUACACGGCGUAAGAACAACGGUGUUCCGUGAUAAGUGCAUUGUAAGAGGAAACUGGAAAUAUGUGACCAAAUAAACGACAUAGUGUAAAUUUGAUAAGUUGUAAAUAAUUUAUAGUCUACGUUAAUAUAAAUGGUGGGUGAGAGUGACUCUUUAACUAAGUGAUGUGAAAAAUGAAGCGCUUCUUUUGAUAUAAUAAAAUAAUGUCCAUUGUACAUGUACUAAUAUUUAGGUAAGUAGUUUAUCGGUCCAAAUUUUAUUUCAUAAUUAAUCUAAAUGUUUCUAUACACUUAUUUCUCCUAAGAAUCAUACAAAAUGGAAUGUCUUCUAAACUUCAGCUCAGCAUUGUCAUAAACAACUGUGAAAAUUUACAUUGCUAAUAUAUUCUAAGUUAGUGGAGAUCAGAACAAUAUUGGUUUAUGAGUGCUGGUUAAGAACAGCUAUUGUAAGAUCAUCGGAAACUAUUGGUGAUGCAUUGUAAAUUUUUGUUAGGUUUCUUUGUACUUGUUACUGACUAAACUUUUCUUUAUGGUCCUUCGAUUUUUGGGUCGGGGUGGGGGUGGGGGGUAAGGGUUUACCCCCUGCACCAUCCCCACUAAGUGGAACUCCAUGGUUAUGAAGAUAUCCACGGUUAAUAUUUUGAGGUUAGAAUAUAUCAACAUAAUUAUAUAGUCAACAUAGGGUUAAAAUCUCAAUUAUGGUCCAUUAUUUUUGAGUCGAUGAGAUAGGGGUGUAAGGGCUUACCACUGCACCAUCACCAAGCCGCAGAUCCCCAUGAUUAUGAAGAUAUCCAUGGUUAAUUUUUUAGAUUAAAAUUGCAUUAUUUAGUCAAACUCGAAGGGAGCUAAAGUUUGAAUCCGCCUUAUCUCCGGCGCUGCGGGAAAAGUAGCCCUUCCGCCCUUGCGUGCCGUAGUACGGUCACUCCUGCUCCGUCACAGCGGGCGAGGACUGUAAGUUCUCUCUCCGCGCCUCCGGUUUUUUAUAUACACUAGGCGUAGGGCAGACAAGCCAGGUGGAAUGUGAGGUGCUCGCUCUGAUUCGGUUUUCGAUAUUUUUCGAAUAUUAUUGCAAUUUUAUUACCAAAACACGAGCAAUUUUACUAUUUUAUAUUUAAUCUUAUUUAAAAAGAUAUUUUACUACAGACAGUUAUAAGACGCUAUAAAAAAAAUGCGUCAUUUCACAAUGUAAAUUUUGUUACUUUUUGUGUAAAAAAGUCAAUAUAAUUGCUUAUUACAGCAACAAUUACUGUGCACAUUAUUACAACAAAUUUACCAUGUGAAUAUAUUAAAAAAGUAAAAUAUAUUUCGGUAAAAACAUGACAUAAAAUUUUAUAAAAUACACUUUUACCGUGAAUGGAA